UUUCCAACAACCAGCCUCAGAUUCUGCCCCUCAACCAUAUAUGGAGGGGGAGACACACCCUCGGCUGGGCAAACGGCAUAGGAUUGAAAGGGUUAACCGGUUGAUGGCAAAAGGACAAAGUGACGCUUCCUUAUUCCAUUUCCCUUUCCUGAUUCACUCUCCAUGGCCCAGGACACUGUACAGGGAUAAGAAGCCCGGUGAUCUGUGCACUGGGUGUGGGUCGGUACGAAGAGACACACGGCGGACAUGUCCCAGACCCUGAAAGCGCGGAACUGCCAAGCGAUCUUGGAUUGGAUAAUGAUCAGGGAAUUAUACUUCCUCCUGUCACUCCUCCAAUAUACAUCAGCAGCUGCAGAGAUGAAAGAGUGGAAAGCUGUCACUCCACAGAAUGUGACAACGCAGAGGGGUUUGUGUGCACAGAUCCCGUGCCACUAUCCAUCAUAUGAGGACAUGGAACAUGCAACAUGGACUGGAAUCUGGAUUAAUGAUGGGGAGCCUCCGACCAUAGUCUUCCACUCCAAGCAGCUCGAUAAGACUGUGCCAAGGUUUCGCCAGCGGACCCGGCUGUCUGGAGAUCUCAAAGAUGGUGACUGUUCCCUGAUUAUAGACAACAUCAUGCAGGAAGAUGAAGGUUCUUACACUUUCAAAGUUGAAGUUCCCAGCAAGGAUUCUUACAUCUCUUCUGUAACACGGCUUCAUGUUUCUAAUUUCACAGAUAAACCUUCGAUAUUUGCUGCUGAAAUGGUUCCAGGAAAGCCUAUGAACAUUAAGUGCACCUUCAACACCACGUGUGAAAGAACAACACCCAUCUUAACCUGGAUCACACCCGCAGAUAUACUGACAUCAAACUCGAGCAGCGUAACCCAGAAGGGUAACACAUUGAUAUAUACUUCAUUCCUGAAGCUAACCCCAGAGCUCAAACACCACGGGCAGAAACUCAUCUGUCGAGUCAGCUACCCACUUGAUUCAUCGGAGCAGACCCUCACACUAACUGUACAGAAUGAGAGUGCUACUAUCUGGAAAAAAGUGUUGAUCACAGUAGGGAUCAUUUUCUGCAUUGCACUGGCUGGAUUUUUCAUCUACAGGUACAUCCAAAAGAGAGAAGAAAAGAGGGCACCAGAGAUCAAGGAGUCUACAGUCAUCUAUAGUCCUCCCUUUGGGAUUCAUCAGGACACAGAGCACGCAGCUGCACAGGGCUACACUAAAGUACCAGCAGGAAGGAAUAUCGGACAGGGAGAGCCCACCAGACACGAGGGCCCUCUCUACGCCCAGCUCCAAGAGCUGCCCUGCAGAGAUACAAUGGUCCCCAAGAUUGAGACCACAGAGUACGCCUCAAUCAGAUUCCAGUGAGGCGAGGGGUCACUGAGGGGCACACCAGUAUCCAUCGCAAAGAGGAGCAAUAAGGUCCAGAAAAAAAACGAUUGACUGGCAAUCUGAGUGACAGAUUUGGUUUAGUAGAGAGACGCCUGGCUUCAUUCUUUUCAAGCUGCCACUUGGCCAGAUUGGCAGGCUCAGCUCCCACUCACUGAGCUCAUGAUCUUUUAUGCACCGCUCCCCCAUCAUGUUUCUGGGGCUUGGAGCCUCUGUUCUUCACACCUGAAUAACACUGGUCCACGAGAGGGAGGGGUGUUGCAUGGAGAAGUGGAGUUGCUGAGGGUUCGAAGUGGGCGGGUAGUUGUAAAAGGAUAGGGGGCUGCUGCUGCUUGGCUGUGUCAGAGGGACAGGCCUGGUGAUUUAAAUUACAGGGCAGGACACCCAACAAUAAAUAUCAUUGUUAAAUCCAAUAAAGAUUUCCAAUUUGGAAUUUCUUAACCCAUUCACUUCCCAAGAGGAUGAGAUUAUAGGAAGUAGAAAAAUGAAAGGCCAUUCAGCCCCUGACUCCUGCUUCUCCAUUUAAUAGAUCAGAGAUGAUUCAAUGUUUCUUCUCCAUUUCCCUGUCCUUUCUAUUGAAUUGAGGGUGAGUCUAAAGUUGAAACCUGGAUUAGAUCCGUUGUGAUCAUAUUGAUGGGCUUUAGCAGUCAGGUGACCUAGUCCUGCCCGUGUGUUCUUGUGGUCUGUCCCUACAAUCCUUUGCUUCCCUUCCCUUGAUUAGAAAUCUCUCUCCAACUUCACACACAGAUUCUUUCCCCACAAUUCUCUGUAGCCCAUGGUUUGCUACCUCUGAGAGUAUAUCUUCCACCUCCUUUCUGUGUGGUGGGUUCCUCUGCCUUUAGAAGUCAUUCCAUUUGGUUCCGGAUUCUCCCAUGAGUGGAGACAACUCUUGGCAUUGAAGAAUCUUGUACUUCAAUAAGACUGCCUCUGCUUCUCCAGCCGCCAAUAAGUGGAGUUCCUUUCUUUGAAGGAUACUGCCUCUAAAUCCAGAACCUUCUCUAGUGAAAGGAAAUCUUUUCAUGCUGGCUUUAAAAUGAAGAUUAAGUUUGCUGAGGAUCUAUUGUGUGUAUCACCUCUCCAUAUGGAGAGAAUGAACAAGCAAUCAGACUCAACUCAACCUCACCCACAGCUUCUCUUAGCUAACAGGCUGCUCUACUCACUCCCCGAUGUAGCAAACAGAACCAAGGAGUCACCCCUUCUAGCCCGAGUAUGGAUGUUGCAACAGGGCAAGGGUUUAGAUAAUGUUCAGGCAAGACAGGUCUUUGAAGAACUAUCAUUGAAGAGCAGAGCUUCGUUGCUUCGUUUUGUGCAACAGGGGACUGGAGCCAUUUGGCAUAUGGAGACAAGAUAAGAAUGUAACAGAGGGAUGCAGGAGACAUGCAUCAACUAUUACUUUACUAGCUUUGAAAUAUCAUUGUUUGGUAGCUUGUAGUUUCUAUUGACUGUAUUGCAAAUGGCAAUUGAUCUUGUAAGUAAAGAACCCAAACAUAAGCAAGGUUACCAAUUGGUCAAAAUCUGUAACUGCUAGUCUAUUCUGUAUAAAAAUGGUAUUUGUCUGUUCAAACUUUGGAACGGUGCAGUGCCACACCGUUCUGCUUGUGCACAAGUAAAUAAAGUGUUAUUGAGGA